CUCUCCACUCUCUCAGCAGCAGCCGCAGCAGCAGCUCUUUCCAGUAAACAGUCAGGGCGGCGGUUGCUCCUUGCUACGGUUAAAUAUAUACGUUAUUUACCUCAUCUAUGGGUAACUCGGACGAAGAAGUUACAAUGAGAGAAUCAAAAAGACGAGAGCGUCAAUCAGGUUCAAGCAGGUAUGCUUUACAUGAUGUUGAAGCCUUGGAGGAUUCUGACUCUGACAUCGGCUUGUGUGGCUGGCUGUUGGUGGCGCUGUCCAUCCUUCUCAUGCUGCUCACUCUGCCCAUCUCCAUAUGGAUGUGCAUAAAGAUUGUGAAGGAGUACGAGCGAGCCAUUAUCUUUCGCCUGGGGCGCAUUUUGCGAGGAGGAGCCAAAGGACCAGGGCUGUUCUUCAUCUUGCCGUGCACUGACAGCUUCAUUAAUGUGGACAUGCGCACCAUCACCUUCGACAUCCCACCACAAGAGGUUCUGACCAAGGACUCUGUGACAGUGAGUGUGGAUGGUGUGGUGUACUACCGGGUCCAGAAUGCUACCCUGGCUGUGGCCAACAUCACUAAUGCGGAUGCUGCUACCAGGCUGUUGGCCCAGACCACCCUGAGGAACGUCCUGGGCACCAAGAACCUGGCACAGAUCCUGUCAGACCGGGAGGAAAUUGCCCACAGCAUGCAGUCCACUCUGGACGAUGCUACAGACGACUGGGGGAUCAAGGUGGAGCGGGUGGAGAUCAAAGACGUCAAGCUGCCCGUUCAGCUGCAGAGAGCGAUGGCUGCUGAGGCCGAGGCCACCCGGGAGGCCAGAGCCAAGGUGAUCGCAGCGGAGGGAGAGAUGAACGCGUCCCGCGCCCUGAAGGAGGCGUCCCUGGUGAUCGCCGAGUCUCCGUCGGCCCUGCAGCUGCGCUACCUUCAGACCCUCAACACCAUCGCCGCCGAGAAGAACUCCACCAUCAUCUUCCCGCUGCCUCUGGAGAUGAUGCAGGGCUUCAUCAAACGUUGAGGGAGAGUCGCGACACACACACACACACACACAUACACACACACACACACACACACACACACACACACACACACACACACACACACACACACACACUCACACUCACAUAACACACCUUUAGAACCUGUGUCUAUUAAGUGCUCAGAUCUUCCAUUUUUAGCACCUUUAGAUCAAAACUGACAGCCUAGCCACAUCUGAGCCUGAGAGGCAAUCUGUAUUAAAAGAUACGCGGCCUUACAAACACACACGAGCUGCACUGACCUCAUCUAAAUGGAUUCAGAAAGUAGAAAUCGUCCAGAGUAGCAUUAAAAAAUUCCCACAGAGACUCCCAUUGCCUCUCUGUAAAUGCAGGCCAGCACUAAUACCUUUUGAAACAUCUUUAUUAGAUAUUAAAACUCUCACAAAUAACAUCUAACGGCUGUCCCCGACAUACAACAGGAUGUCAGAUCGUUGAAACUGAAACAAGUGCGACAUUCUAGCAGAUUGGGAGAUUAAAAAACCACUUUACUCAAGACAGGAAAAUAUUGUCCUUAAAGAGCUUCUAAAUAAGGGGGGGGACCUUGCUUAAAAAUGAGCUUAAUUCUCGCAUGGUGUGUACAUUUCAUUACACAUCUUUUCUCCAUGUGCCGAUAUUUAAGUCUUGUAUGGACUCAGUCAGCAGGAUGUUACUAAUGUUUACAGUAUUUUUAUUAUUCAUAGCAAGCAGUUUAGACGGGUGGACAAAAGAUUUAAACAUCACAAAAUAGCAUAAAACCUCCUCAGAACUUUUUCUCUGCUAGUUAUUCAGCCAAAAGCCUUAAAUCACUGCCAUGGAUCAUUCUACCGCCUGACGACACAUUUCUAUGCACCUACUUAUGAAAUCACGUUGCAUUUUUAACAGUAUUUUAUCUUGUAAGUGUCAACAAGCCAAAUAGUUCCAUGUAUUUGAAUUUAUCUCUCGUAAAACUAACAUGUAGUUGUUAUAGUUUCCUCCUUUCAACAUAUAAAGGGCCGACGUGUUUGUAAAUGUGCGUAACAGUAUGUAGUGUAUGUCUGACAUCGUUAGUAUAUUAUGUGUGUUUGUAUAUACAGAAUAUAUCUCUUUACAGUCCUGUGGAUUAUAUAUGGUUUUGCUGUGGUCUGCAGCGGUUUCAGGUUUAAAUUUGACCUUUUUAAUAGAUUUUUUUUGUGAAAUACAAAGAUUGUUACAUUAUUUUACAAAACAAAAGGGUAUUAGAGAGUCUAAGUGUUAUUUUUGCUACGGCUACAUAGCAAAUGAUUUUUGAUAACCUCGGUUUCUUCCAGGACAAAGAGAAUUGAAGUUCAAUUACUCACAUUGCUGUCUUCUACACAACACCUCGCUAUUAUUUUUCUAAGGGUUUAUUCUGAAUUUAUGGUGGUUAGUUUCUGCAGCUAACCUUAUUUCUUUGUACAGUUUGCUAAUGUUUGCUAUAGUUUUAUCCUGACAAAAUCCGAAUAUACAGAAGAAAACUUGAAAUAAAGCAGAAUCAAACAGCA